GUUAUUGUAUGUUCUGUGGCCAUGCUAACAGCGUUCCCCAACUGGUUGUGCAGUAUAGCACCGUUUCCGUUGAAUUGAACGUUCCAGAACGUAAAAACGUACUGUACGCAGACCAGGCUUGGAUCCGCGGCAGUUGUCAGAUGAUCUACUCUCACCUUGAAGCGGCAAUCUGCAGUUUAAACAACAAAGGUCAACACGCCACAGAUUUGGCAAACGGCUGAGGCUGGAGAAACGUAAUCACGGAAAUUCAAAGACAGAGCUAUUGAUGAAAGAACUGACCAUCCAUGAGAUCAUUCAAAGUUUUAACCAUGUUUUGAAGCUAUACAGAGUUUGUUUACAAACAAAGAUAUAGAUUGCACUACCCCAAAAGAGAAACAAAGGAAGUCAUGGAGAAGUUGCAACCAUUUGAAUUGGAACGCACAAGUUCCUAGGCUACUGCCAUAUCCGCGAAAAGGGCACGAUGUUGUCAACAUUGCUCCUGCUCAGUCUGGUCGUUUCAUGUGAGUCAGACUUCGCUCCAGCUGUGGUCAACGUCAGCUUGGAUGAUCCCCCAGAAGUGCGAUGGGCGUCUCUAUUUAAAGUUUUUGAUGUCGACUACCUGGUGAAAGCAGGUGCUGAAGUGAUUGAUGCCACCGUUCCAAAAUGGGUGCAUCAUGCGAUAACUCCGAUUGUGGAGGCCUUGGAGAAGUAUGUACCUCCUCCAUACGCAGGGGAGAUCAGAGGAAUGGCCUCAUAUUUUCGAGGGAGCCUUUCCGAUGUCAUCCUUCUCAACUUUGCCUAUGAAAUAUCAGCGUUUUGCACUAGUAUUGUAGCUCAGGACACAAGUGGACGUUUGUAUCAUGGCAGGAACCUUGAUUACCCACAUGAUAUACUCCGGAAUGUCACCAUCGAUGUUCUCUUUCUGAAAAAUGGAACGGUGGCUUAUCGUGGUACGUCUUUUGCUGGCUAUGUCGGGCUGUGGACCGGACAGAGUCCAAAUAAAUUCACAGUCUCUGGUGACCAGCGUGGUGAAGACCACUGGUGGAAUUGGUGGAAGAAUUGGGUCUCUGCUUUCCUGAUGAAAAGAUCUCCAGUCAGCUGGCUGGUGAGAGAGACGUUGGAGGAAGCAGCAGACUUUCAGGAUGCUGUGAUGCGGCUGUCCAAGAUCCCAAUCAUCACAAGCGUGUACUACAUCGUUGCCGGGGUAAAGCCUGGGGAAGGAGUGGUGGUCACCAGAGACAGGAAGGGCCCAGCUGAUAUCUGGCCACUGGAACCCUUAAAUGGAGGGUGGUUCAGAGUAGAGACCAACUUCGAUCACUGGCUGCCGCCUCCUGCAAAGGAUCAUCGCAGAGAUGCAGCCAACAAAGCAUUAAAUGCAACUGGUCAAGAUAAUAUCAAUAUGGAUACAAUGUAUAAGGUCCUGUCAAUGAACCCAGUAUGUAACAGGAUUACUGUUUUCACAACAACAAUGAGUGCAGCCAGCCCUGAGAAAUACAACACAGAGGUCAGACCAGAGGGCUGCAAUAGCAAUGAAUAAAGCUGAGUCGUGGACCAAAACCAUGAUUAUGUUGUUGUCCAGAAAGGGCAGAGCAGAGAUUUUCUGCAUUAAAAGUGCCUUCCUUUUAAAAAAAAUUUAUUCCAUGAGUUAUUUGUCAUGUGUUUUUUUUAGGUGAUCAAAUUAAUCUCUUUUUUACCCAAAAUGUGAUUUGGAAAUAUUAAUUACGAUUAUGUCCACACACAUUGAGUCUAGUAUUUUAGAGUGUUGAACAUGAUUAUAUUUAAAUAAAGCUCAUUUAAUUUUGAUGAUUUCAUGCAACAUAAAAUGCCUUAUGUGAAUUAUACAGAUCAUCCACUGUCAAAAUGAAUAAUAAAACUUGUAAUAAAAAUUCAA